AUGAUGAUGGAAAAAGAAGAUCUGGGUUUGAGCUUGAGCUUAGGGUUAUCACAAAACCACAAGCCUAUUCAGCUAAAUCUGAAUCCUAAUUCUUCCUUACACAACAGCAAUCUCCAGAGAUUUCCAUGGAACCAAACAUUCGUUUCUACAACAGAUCUUCGCAAAAUAGACGUGAACAGUCAUCCAUCUACGGUGGAUUGUGAGGAAGAGACAGGAGUUUCGUCACCAAACAGUACGAUCUCGAGCACCAUAAGCGGAAAGAGAAGUGAAAGAGAAGGAAUCUCCGGCACAGGCGAUGACCACGACGAGCUAACUCCGGAUCGAGGGUACUCACGAGGAACCUCCGACGAAGAAGAAGACGGCGGAGAAACGUCGAGGAAGAAGCUCAGAUUGUCUAAGGACCAAUCUGCUUUUCUCGAAGAGACUUUCAAAGAACACAACACUCUCAAUCCCAAACAGAAGCUAGCUUUGGCUAAGAAGCUGAACUUGACAGCAAGACAAGUGGAAGUUUGGUUCCAGAACAGAAGAGCAAGGACAAAAUUGAAGCAAACGGAGGUGGAUUGCGAGUACUUAAAACGGUGCGUAGAGAAACUAACGGAGGAGAAUCGGAGACUGCAGAAAGAGGCAAUGGAGCUUCGAGCUCUAAAGCUAUCUCCCCAAUUCUACGGCCAAAUGACUCCACCAACUACACUCAUCAUGUGUCCGUCGUGCGAGCGCGUGGGUGGGCCAUCGUCGAACCAUCACCGACCCGUUCCGAUCAACCCUUGGGUCGCUUGUGCUGGUCAAGUGGCUCAUGGGCUGAAUUUUGAAGCCUUGCGUCCACGAUCAUGA